AUGGCGUCGGCGCUCUUCUUCCUCGACCUCAAGGGCAAGACCCUCCUAGCCCGCAACUACCGUGGUGACAUUCCCAUGUCAGCCGCGGAAAAGUUUCCCAUUCUCCUCUCCGAGGCCGAAGAGGAGUCCUCCGCCGUGCCGCCCUGCUUCUCCCACGAGGGCAUCAACUACCUCUACAUCCGCCACAACAACCUCUACUUGCUCGCACUCACCAAGCGCAACACCAACGCCGCCGAGAUCAUCCUCUUCCUUCACAAGAUCGUCGAAGUCUUUACCGAGUACUUCAAAGCCCUAGAAGAAGAGUCAAUCCGGGACAACUUUGUUAUCAUCUACGAGCUGCUCGACGAGAUGAUGGACUUUGGCUAUCCUCAGACCACCGAGUCCAAGAUUCUGCAAGAGUAUAUCACCCAAGAGUCGCACAAGCUCGAGAUCCAGGCGCGGCCACCCAUCGCCGUGACCAACGCUGUCUCGUGGCGGUCUGAGGGUAUCCGCUACCGCAAGAACGAGGUCUUCCUCGACGUCGUGGAGAGUCUCAACCUGCUCAUCGGUUCCAACGGCAACGUGCUCCGCAGCGAGAUCCUCGGCGCCAUCAAGAUGAAGUGCUACCUGAGCGGCAUGCCCGAGCUACGCCUAGGCCUCAACGACAAGGUCAUGUUCGAGACGACCGGUCGCACCACGCGUGGCAAAGCCAUCGAGAUGGAGGACGUCAAGUUCCACCAGUGCGUCCGCCUCGCGCGCUUCGAAAACGACCGCACAAUCUCCUUCAUUCCCCCCGACGGCGAGUUCGAGCUCAUGUCCUACCGCCUCAACACCCAUGUUAAGCCCCUCGUCUGGGUCGAGUGCGCGGUCGAAUCCCACUCGGGCUCCCGCAUUGAGUACAUGCUCAAGGCUCGCGCUCAGUUCAAGCGCCGUAGCACCGCCAACAACGUCGAGAUCAUCGUCCCCGUCCCCGACGACGCCGACUCCCCACGUUUCCGUACAAACAUUGGCUCCGUCCACUACGCACCGGAGCAGAGCGCCAUCGUCUGGAAGAUCAAGCAAUUUGGCGGCAACAAGGAGUUCCUCAUGCGUGCGGAGCUCGGCCUGCCCAGCGUCCGUGGUGAUGAUGACACCGGCGGCGGCAUGACAGGCGGCUUCGGUGGCAGUAUGGGCGGCGUCGGCGGCAAGGGCGCCAAGAGGCCGAUCCAGGUCAAGUUUGAGAUUCCAUACUUUACGACCAGCGGCAUUCAGGUGCGCUACUUGAAGAUUACAGAACCAAAGCUACAAUAUCCCUCGCUGCCUUGGGUUCGAUAUAUAACACAGUCUGGCGACAUUGCCGUGCGACUGCCAGACGCCAUUUAA